AUGCGCUUCUCCCAGACCACCCUCCUCGCACUCGCCGUCGGCCUCGUCCAGGCCACCAUCUCCUUCAACAGCAGCCUCGAAUCCGACGACGACGAGAUGUACUGGAACGCCAUCAUCCGGCCCAGCGCGCCGCUGACCUCCGCCUGCACGGCCGCCUGGGCCGCCCCCAUCCCCUGCUCCGACUGGCUGCUCAAGUUCCAAGGCUCCAGCUCCCUCUCCGAGGCCGACGUCUUCAACCUCCCCGUGCUCUCCGAGCUGUGCGCGCCCGAGUGCAUCGCGGGGCUCGAGUCGUGGCGCGACGACCUGCGCGAUGCGUGUACCGACGAGGACGUCGCUGCCGCUAACACAGUCGACCUGACGCGGUCGACGGAUGCGGCGACAAAGUGGGAGGGGAGCGAGAGGGGUCAGUUCUUCCUCAGUAGCUUUUUGAACGAGAGUAUGUACAUGGUGGAGUAUCUCUACUAUGCCGGGUGUCUUAAGGACCUUCCCACAGACACAUUCUGCUACCUCCUCCCCUCCACCGACCCCUUCAUCGCAGGCCCCAGCGAGGACAUCACAAAUAUCACCGACCCCACCUCCGACGCCGCAAAGGCAUACUGCAACAGCAGCUGCACCACGCAGCAGAACCUGUGGAUGCUCGAUAUUGUCGGUCCCACCGUCGCCGAGGCCGACUUCUCGGACCAGGCCAACGCCACCACGCUCUGCCCCGGCCUCGACACAAGCAAGUAUCCGUUCCUUGCCGAGAUAGACGGCGGGAACAGUACUUCUGGCUCCGGUGGAAGUGGAAGCAGCAGUGGGAGUGGGAGUGGGAGUGGGAGUGGGAGUGGGAGUGCCAGCGGGAAUAGCACGGAGGAGGGCGCGGCGGUGAUGCUGAGGGGGGAAAGUGCGCUUGUGUGGGGCGUUGCGGCGGUGGUGGGCGCUGUGGCGGCGGGGUUUAGUGGGUUGUAG